GUUGAUCAACCACUUCCACCCAAACUCUUCAAAUUCUCAUUCUCAAUCUCAAACAAAUCAAGUGUACAUCUUCUUCAAAUUAAAAAUGAGUCUAAAAGUGUGCUUGCAACACAUGUUACUAGUGCAUCUUCUUUUCUGCUUCACUCAAAUUACUACAGCAAGUGUUUCGGCAAUCAUUGUUUUCGGAGACUCAACUGUUGAUGCCGGAAACAACAAUCAGCUUCAAACGAUGGCCAAGAGCAACUUCGAGCCUUACGGUCGUGACUUCAUCGGCGGGAAGCCGACCGGAAGGUUCUGCAACGGUCGGCUUGCCACUGACUUCAUCUCCGAGGCCUUCGGUCUUCCUCCAAUUAUUCCGGCUUAUCUCGAUCCUACAUUUACUAUCCAAAACUUCUCCACCGGCGUCUCCUUUGCCUCAGCUGCCAGCGGUUACGACAAUGUCACCGCCGAUGUCUUGUCAGUCAUACCUUUAUGGAAACAAAUGGAAUACUUCAAAGAUUACCGAAGAAAACUAAUAGCCUUCCAAGGCCUAAUAAAGGCGAGAAAGACACUGAAGAAUGCCCUCUAUGUGAUGAGUUUAGGUACCAAUGAUUUUCUAGAGAACUACUACACAACACCGCGACGUUAUCGCCAGCAACCUGUAGAUCAGUACGAGAAUUUUCUUGUCGGCAUUGCCCAGAAAUUUAUCAUCAAACUUUAUCGUCUUGGUGCCCGGAAAAUCGACCUCACCGGCUUACCUCCCAUGGGUUGCUUACCACUAGAAAGAGCCACAAACUUCUUCUCUGCAAGUAACUGCAACGAGGACUACGACAUUGUAGCUAACCAAUUCAACAUCAAACUCCAAAACUUGGUGACGAAACUUAAUCGACAACUACUUGGCUUGGAAUUGGUAUACGCGGAUGUAUAUACUCCGUUUGCAAAAGUAGUGAAUGAUCCAAUUUCAUAUGGAUUUGAUAACGGAGAAAGAGGAUGUUGUGCAACAGGAUUAUUCGAGAUGGGAUAUAUAUGUAAUACAAGAAAUCCGUUUACUUGUAUCGAUGCGAACAAGUAUGUUUUCUGGGAUGCAUUUCACCCGACAGAACGGAUGUAUUCCAUCAUCGCCGAUCAUUUGAUGAAGACAAGUUUAGGUGCAUUUUUGUGAAUGUUUUUUUGUCAUGAGAAAUAUGCUUGUUUGAAUGAAUUUGUGUUCACGCAUUUAUUCAAGCAAGCCUGUGUUGUUAAUUAGUACUAUGUGUCCUAUAGUUAGCGCAUGUAUGAGAAUCAAAGGGAAGCUAUAUGAAUAAGCUAGUUUACACUUUGUGUUGUCAUUAAAAUUUAUCUUUUAAAAUGUUUUA